GUAUAUGCCCUUGGAUCAAGAUAUUGUUCGCGAGAUGUGGGUCGGAAAUCUCAAAGCAUCUGCCACCGCAAGGAAUCGCCAAUCAAACAUUGACGCUGCGCCCACGUUCUGCGAGCCUCACGCUCGUUCAGCAUCGGAAUUAGUCCUUGAACUGACGGUUCCAGGAUCACCCGCAGGUUCUGAUAGGAAUGAUCCUGGAGAUAAUGGCGCAAAUGUUAUUGAGCUGGUCCCACAGGCCCUGUUACCAAUUCCUCACUACGUGGAGAAUACUGUCUCACCCAAUACCUAUUACUUUUCGGCAUCCGAUCUCCCCCUGCCCUUACUCAUACCACCCUCGCUAUAUCACCCUGAGCCUCCUGUUCCUAAAUUAGCUUACUCACGCCCCUCGCGUGAUUGGCCCCGAUCCCCUUUGCGUCUGCAGACUCCUCCACACUCUCAUUCCUUGGAAACUGAUGAACACCCCUUGUUCAGCUUCAACAAGAGGGACACGAUGCUGGCGAAGGUCGGUAUCGACCAGAAGAAUCUUAUCAAGGAGAUCAGGCACAUAGCUCACUGGUGUGGGACGGGCCGCGGGGUUUUCGAGAUCUUUUUGGCUUCUGCCGGAUGUCGACGUAUCAUAGGAGAGAUGUCGUGA